AUGGCUAAAACUGCAAUUAAUAUUGCAUUAGAAACUAGGAGUGAUAAUAAAUUGGUGAAAUUACUGAAGGAUUUUAUUUUAACUAAACAAAGGGGUCGGAAUGGUAGUGAUUCAGAAAAUAAUGUUGAUAUGAAAAAUUCUGAGCAUAACGAAAAUGAUGAUGUUAUUCCUUUACAACAGCAGUUAAUUGAUCAGACAACAGAUCCUCAUGUUACUAGAAUUCGAGGAGCUCCUUGUAAAAAAAGAAUAAAGAGCGCUAUUGAAAUGUCAGGAAAAAAUAGGGCAAUACGUGAAAUUACAAGUCAAGUUAACGUACAAGAGACUGAUGAUGGAGGUGCAACAUCAAGAUCACAACGAAAAUGUUUAUUAUGCAGAAAAUCAGGUCAUUAUCAGAAAAAAUGUCCUGGUAAAAGUAAUAUCAGAGAAGAAAACUAA